UUUUUCCGAUUAUAAGACUUACAACAAUAACUGGGAUGCGGUUGGUAAACAAAUCAAAAGUGUUGUCGAUUAAUUGCCUAUUAAUGUUGUUGGGAAUGAUUGCGACGGCAUUUGCUUACACUUCAAAUAAAGCUUAUUUCGUUUAUAACGAGGGUCUGUUGCAAUGGCAAGACGCUGAAAAUUAUUGUGUUAAACGAGGCAUGCAUCUCGUGUCCAUAGAAAGUGUAGAUGAAUCGAAUUUUUUGAAAAAUUUCAUAAGACUCAGAUAUCAAAAAAUGCCACCAUAUUGGACGGGCGGCUAUAAGAUCAACGGUGUAUGGCAUUGGAUAGCUAGCGGGGAGAAAAUCAAAGAUUUUAUUUGGCACGUUGGUGAACCGAAUGAUUUGUACAACAAUGAGGGCUGUAUCCAUACCUGGGUCAACGAAUUCGAUUGGAACGAUGAUCGUUGCAACGAAGAACUGCCCUUUAUCUGUGAGAUAAAAAACUAAAUUUUAAUAUUCAUUUUCAUCAUUACUUUUGCAAAUAGUUAACGAUUGUAAAGCAAUGCAGUUAAAGUAAAAUUUUUACACUGAUUUAAAAUAAAUUUUCAUUAUCAAAAAUCAACAUUAAGAUCUUUGGGAAAUUUUCUUGCAUGAAAGGUUUCGAAGAGUUCACAAAUACAAAUAUUAUCAACGCUUGCAAUCGAACAAGCCC